GACUGGGUGUCUCGUCUAGGAGAGGACCUCGUGGCCUUCACCAUGGGAGACGAAAAGGAAGGGGGGAAAUGGAAAGAGAGCGCCAAGGACCUGGAGGUGUGGUACAACAAGGUCGAGGACGGGGCGGCAUGGCUCAUGAGGAGUGGUUGGGUAUAG